GAAAGUGACCCGAGUGUCUCCUCCGGCCCUUCCCGUCCCCCCUGCUCUUCCCAACUUCUUCAAACUGCAUGUGUCCACCGCAGCCCCUGGGAUUUGGGGAAGGAGGAGGAGGAGGAGGAGGACCCCUUGGGCAGAGGAGCCUCAGCUCUGGCCCUUCCUGGUUGUAGCGGCAACCCCCCACGAGGAGGAGCGUAUGCAGGCGAAUGUCCCUCCUUCCUUGCCCUCUUUGCAAAAAGCAACUUUUUACUGUGCAAAAGAGCCAUAGGAUUAAAUGGGUCCGGUAACUGGAAUGACUCCAGAUAAGAGAGCUGAAACGCCCGGAGCAGAAAAGGUUGCAGGAUUAAGCCAGAUUUACAGAAUGGGAAGCUUGCCUGAAGCAGUUGAUGCUGCCAGGCCAAAAGCUACUUUAGUGGACAGUGAAUCAGCAGAUGAUGAGCUCACAAAUUUGAACUGGCUUCAUGAAAGUACUAAUCUUCUAACAAACUUCAGCCUUGGAAAUGAGGGUCUUCCUAUUGUUAGUCCAAUAUAUGACAUUGAAGGUGAUAAUGUGCCAUCUUUUGUACCAUCCUACCAGAACACAGAAAAAAAAUCAGGGAAUUCAAAACCCCCUUACUCCUUUAGUCUUCUCAUUUACAUGGCUAUUGAACAUUCUCCAAAUAAAUGUUUGCCGGUCAAAGAAAUCUAUAGUUGGAUUCUGGAACGAUUUCCAUAUUUUGCUACAGCACCAACAGGUUGGAAGAAUUCUGUUCGACACAACCUUUCUUUGAACAAAUGUUUUCAGAAAGUGGAGAGAAGCCAUGGCAAGGUGAAUGGAAAAGGUUCCUUAUGGUGUGUUGAUCCAGAGUAUAAACCCAAUCUUAUACAAGCACUGAAGAAGCAGCCUUUUUCCUCAGCACUUGCAUUUUACACCCCUCCUGCAUCACCACAAAAUGGAUCAUCACCACCUCAUUAUAUAACCUCUGUACUAAAGCAGAGCCAAGUUCGAACUCUCAAAGAAUCUGAUAUUGAUGCAGCCACUGCAAUGAUGCUUUUAAAUACAUCUAUUGAACAAGGAAUUUUAGAAUGUGAGAAGCCCCUGCCACUCAAAACGGCUUUACAAAAGAAAAGGAGUUUUGUUAGUGCAUUUAGCCAUCCCAGUACCAUAAAUUUACAGGAGAGUGAUUCUGCAGUCAACAAUAUUGAUCCAAAGGAGGAUCAUAAUUACAGUGCGAGCAGCGUAGCAACGCAGCGUUGUGCAUCCAGAUCCAGUGUGUCUUCCUUGUCUUCUGUUGAUGAGGCAUAUGAGUUUAUCCCAAAGAAUAACCUUGCAGGAAGUGAUGGCAGUGAAGGGUUUCACAGUGAAGAAGAUACAGACAUUGAGUAUGAAGAUGACCCUCUUGGAGACAGUGGCUACAUAUCACAGCCUUGUGCAAAUACCUCUGACAAAGACCAGCCCAUCAAGAAGCCUAAAAGAGAGUCAUGUCAGGAAAUUGAUGAGGAGCUUAAAGAGGCAGCUGGAUCUCUGCUGCACCUUGCUGGAAUCCGCACAUGUCUGGGUUCCCUGAUAAGUACUGCAAAGAUCCAAAAGCAAAGGAAAAAGUAGUAAUACCAGAUGGUCUGAUUUUUUUUUUUAACGUGGCAAUACUCUUCUACUUUCUCUUCACAAGGGAGAUCAAAGCCAUAAUGGACUUCUUUAGCUGGGAGGUGGGGUGGGUGUUGGGGGGUGUGCUAAUUACCUUUUUUCCUUUAUACUUUUUUUUAAUCACUGCAAUUAGGGUUAUGCUGACCUAAGAUUGGGCCAAUCAAUGCAUGAUUGAAGUGCUAAUAGCAUACUUUUUCUAAUCACUGAUUCAGAGAUUUGGAGAACUUCUACAGAGAAAUCCUCAGGCUCCCUCUUAAAAUUGUAGACGAAAUCUUUCCCACAUAAAUAUCUUAUGUUGAUGUAGCAAAAUGGUAUGACUUGCCAGUCAGUAUAGCAAUUUUUCCAUUCUUUUUAAACCAUUGAAUACAGUGGAUGAAUUGGCUAAAAAUGAUAUUUUCCCUUUUACUCUGUUUAUUUUAUUCACCAAUGUAGAAUAUACACACACACACACACACACACACACACACACAUAUAUACAUAUAUAUAUUCUAGUGAAUGCUGAUUGAGACAUGAACCAAGUGGG